AUGUUUGUAAAAUUCGACCUGGUCAAGGGGCCAUUGGUUACGAAGCUCCCAAUCUCAGCUACCGUAUACGAGCUAAAGGCUGAGCUUCAGAGCCUUCUCAAUAUUGAGCCGGAAACAUUGGAGAUUUCUGCAUCUGAUUGGCGGAUCCGCCAGCCAUCCACUAUUGAUUGCAAGCGAGGUAUUAAACGAAAAGCCCAAGGACAUGAAAUAACCAUAGAGACUAAACGGAUCAAAUAUGUUCUCGAAUCCAGUGAGGAGAGUCUAGAAAACCACUCGUAUGGAGAUAUGCAGGAGGCAUGCGAUAUGGGAGGCUGCGGAAUAAAGUCCCGACCACGCCCGGUUAAACAUGAAAUCGAAAUGGAACCUGAUGUUAUAAAUGGUCAGCGGCCUUCGUACGUUAACAUUCUCCCAGAGAACAGGCCGUUUGUCGUGGUUAUAUCUUCCUCAGAAUGUGAGAAAAACUUUUGCGACCUGUUGGAAGAGUUCUUUGGAAUUUUUAAGGAUUUCAGAAAUGUUCGCUGUUUGGAUUUCAAUGAGGUGACUCCAGACACUGAGUACAAUGGGCGGCAGUACAUUGCAGCGGCCAAUGAGGAUACGAUGGACUGGGUGGCGGGCAACGUUUGCUCCAUGGAGACAUAUCAGGCCACCAGUCUCAUAGACUUCCUACACCUGACACCGGCCAGAGUUACAUGGCCAAAGGUCGAGAAGUGUUUCCAAGCAAUUUUCGAGCUUCUGGAACAGCAGAAUGCUGAUAUUACGACGGAGAAGUGGGCCGUGGUGAGCCGCAAAGAUGCAGCCCCCAUAGUGACAGAUAUUUGUCCAAAUGAACAGCUUGAGAUCUGGAUGGAUGCAGAGAGUGUGGACAUCAUCAAGGAAAGAUGCAACAGCCUCAAAUUUUGUUUUUGGAUUAUCAAAUUUGAGUUUUGCAAUUAG